GUCCCUCCGUUCCUCCGUCCGUCCAUCCGUCCGUUGGUUCGUUGGUUCAGUAAAGGUAUUGUGCUAUGCUCAGUCCUGCUUUGAGAGCUCAUACCAGUAGAUAGCAAAUGCUUCUAGAAGCACUUGGAGACACUCUGGAUUUGGCCGGAGUCAAAAUUGAACUCUUAACCCUAGUCUAGUUCGCCGCCAGCUCGAAUAGUCAGCUUCUGCCUGCUACUCGCCAGCUUCACGUGGUUCAAAGUCGUCAUCAUCAUCAUCAUCAUCAUCAUCAUCAUCAUCAUCAUCAUCAUCAUCAUCAUCAUCAUCAUCAUCAUAUUCGAACUGGAUUUGUCAAUAAAGGGCUUUAUUUCUGAAAGCCUGUUCUCUAAUUUCAUCUUCAUACUAUUGGUCUAAUCGAAAGUGGCUCCCAUUCAGUGAGUUGCCUACAAGUUGGCAGCAGGUCGGUGUGGACGAAACCCGCCUCCUCGUCUUGGUGUGUUUCAUUCCAUUCUAAAUUCGGACGACUUCAAGCAUUAAACUUAAGAAUUGGUAUUUGUAUCAUGAGGAACUCGGCGACCAAUCUUCCCACUCCUCGGAAUAUUCUCGAUCACAUGAACAAAUUAGUGGACAUUGACAUUGUGCCAGGGCAUAAAUACAUAACCCAUGGACCCCCAAGAGCGUUACUACCCGACGAACCGAAAGAUGAAAGUGUUGAGGCCAAAUGGGAGCAUCUCCAAUACUACGAGGAAAAACGGUGGGUCCAGGAGCAGCGACAACAACAACAACAACAACAUCAACAACAUCAACAUUACACCCAGCUAGCCGGCGAGCACGACGAGCACGGUAGAAGUGCUGGAUCAGAUUCAUCCUACAGCUCAUUAGCUUCUUCAGCCUCGUCCAAUUCCCAGAGCCCCUCGUCCUCAUCAACGGUCAACUACUCUCAGUCACAGCAGUCGGGCAUGACACGGAUGGGCUCGACCAAGGCCAGAAUCAGGCAAAUCAAAAGACAAAGCUGGCAAAAGAUCAAGGAACAGUUCUCCACUCUGAAGAGAGCUGGGGGAAAUGCCAACCCGAUCACUCGAAAUGGCAGCAACUUGCCCCACCCUGUCAGCAGUAUUUCUUACGGCGACUUCACCUCCAUAUCAACCGUUCCGAAUGGAACGCCGGCAAAUGCCAGCCCUGUGGUGGAUCCCAUUUCCACUAAGCCUGUGGGAGGUGUGAUCCCCAAGAUUCGAUCGACAAAGUCCAUGCAGAACCUGGAACAAAUUACCAGAGACAGCUAUUACAACAUUCGCGAUGUCACGACCAAUAUUCGCGAGAAAUAUCACUCCCGAGUGGAACUUAACAAGGGCCGACCCAAAACCGAUUAUCACGAGUUUUGGGACGAAGACAGCGACAUGGAUGAGGAAGACAUUCGACGGCAAACCUUAGAAAUGGUGGGCCUUUAUUGAGACGGAUAGUUUGGCAAAAAUCCAACACGUACAUUAUGUGUGGUGAUCAUUUGUAUUUUUUGAGCAAGGAAGGAAAGAAGCAAAUCCCUGAGCGAUCGUCAGUCACUGAGACCGGUAUCAUUUCUAGCCAUCAUUAACAGCCAGCCAACCGAUUUAUUCGAAUUUGAGAACUCAUGUGAUCCUUUCAUUGCAACUAGUCAUCUGAAAUCCAAUCGAUGUUUUAUUAGCGAAUGUUUUACCGUGUGUUUCGGGCUUUGGUGGACUUUGAAGGAUUAAGUGCCAAAUAAAAUGGAAAUCUAAAGCA